AUGGCAUCAGUAACGUCCUUAGACAAGGACUUGCGCAAACUGCGCCUCGACAAGUAUACACCUGCUGCAGCGAAAGAAGUCAGCGCCUGGAUCGAGGGCGUUUUGGGAGAGAGACUACCUUCCGGUGAUCUCCUUGAGGGACUGAAAGAUGGUGUUGCGCUGUGCAAAUUAAUCAACCUUGCGGUACCACCGCCUGGCGUCAAGUUCAAGAAGUCAGCGAUGCCUUUCGUUCAGAUGGAAAACAUUUCGCACUUUCUACGUGCCUGCAAACAGCCCCCUCUCAACCUGCAAGACCACGAUGUCUUCCUUACCGUCGAUCUGUUCGAGCAAAAAGACCCGGCCCAAGUAUUGCAAUGCCUAGGCGCCUUCAGUCGUGCCGCACACGCAGCAAACCCAUCCAAAUUCGCCUCACCGAUCGGCUCCAAAAGUCGCGGAGUGAUGAGUCCUCAAGCCACUGGACGCGGAACCCCUUCCCCUACGCGAUCGCGUGGGUUUUCGAACGCGUCUGGAUUUGGCUCCCCUCGACCUAACCUGACCAGUGCCAAGACGGGAGAUUCAGGGUCGGGAAGAUGGAGCCCGACCAAGCCUACGUCUCCCGUUAGCAGCUGGAGUAGAAAGGAACACGAGGGUGCCACCUCUCCAGCAUGGAACAUCGCUCAAUACGGCUACAUGGGCGGUGCCAGCCAAGGAAACCUAGGCAUAUCGUUCGGAAGCCGGAGGCAGAUCACUAGUGCUGGCCCCUCUGUCCCCUCCUUGGCCGAUAAGGAAAAGCGGCGGAAAGAGAAAGAAGCUGAAGAGGAACGUCAGCGACAACAGAUGGCGGAGCUCAGACGUCAGAAAGAGGAAGAGCUUGAGCGCGAGGCUCACUUGCGGGAAGAGCAGGAGAUCCAGCGUCUUGUGGAAGAGAAGCAGCGUCAGGCUGAUGAGGAAAGACGUCAAUGGGAAGAGGAAGAGCGCAUGUGGAAGCUGACGGAAGAGAAGCGCCGCAAGGAGGAAGCCGAAGCCGAAGCCCGCUUAGCAGAGGAACGGAGCCGCGCCAGAAGCAAGAGUGAUGCCCGCCUGCGGGGACAAUUUCUCAGUCAAUACCAGUCGGAGCAAGCCAUCAAGCCCCAAAAGACCGGGGCUGACCGGAUCGCUGAACUGGAGAAGGAGCUCGAAGAAGCCCGAGAACGUGAGAGGCGAUAUGAGCUUGAGCGCCAAGGUCGGACGGGCAGGACACUCGCCGCUACUAAUGAUCCCAAGGCUCGGCUUAGGUCUAGGAGCCGGCCGUCCGACGGAGCCCCUAGUCGCCAAGACUCGUGGUCCAAAAGCGAACGGGAGGUGCUUCAGACUGCAUGGUCUCAGCACCAGGAUGCGCAUGACAACGAGCAUCCCGCACUACCUCCGAGAUCCCCGAGGCCCCUUCCGGAUCCGAUGACAGUCGCUAAACCGCCUCAAAAGGCCGUGGCUCACACCACGGGCGGUCGACCUCUUCCGGAUCCUGCCGCUUACAAGGCGGCAAACCAGCCCCCACCAAGCCGGACCGAUCGGUUCCUCGCUAAUAACGCCGCGCCGGCCCCACUUGCCGCCAAACAAACUUAUUCUCGGGAGCUGAGUGCCACUGCAGAGCAAGAUGCCGAGGAUCACCGACGUGCCCAAAGCCAGAACAAGACCAAGGCAGGUGGGUGGGCGUCCAAGUCGCUACUCGAACGCGAAAUGGAGAUGGAGCGCGAACGUCAGCGUGAGUGGGAAGAGGCCCAGAAAGAGACGGCUCGGGCGGUUCCUACCGGAAACGGUGUGGACGGCAUCGGUGGUGGCAUUGGAGGCCGCUGGGACGUCAGCCAGUGGUCCGGAUACACUGGUGGUGACAACCAGAACAAGGGAGCCCAGGGAAUCGGGGCUGGCCGCAGACAAAUUGUCGGACCGAGGCCGCUGCCCAACGUCCCGCGAUAA